UGUUUGGUGAGGAAAUGCUGACCACGCCUGCCCUGGCUUUUCUUCACCGCUUAAAUCAGGAACCAAGACUUCUCUGCUGGGGCUUCAAGCCAUCCAGGAACCUUUAAGCAAGAAGAGCUCCUGGAGUUAAGACAGGAAGAAGCCAGGGGAGAUGUACUAAGGCUUUAAAAAUCCUGAACAUACAAGAUGAGGUGUCCUGUCCCAUCUGCCUGAAGCUUUUGACAGAAUCCCUGACUCUAGACUGUGGCCACAGCUUCUGUCAAGCCUGCAUCACUGUGGACACCAAGGAGUCAGAGAUCAGCCCAGGAGAGGAAAGCAGCUGUCCUGUGUGUGGUAUCAGAUACUCACUUGGAAACCUAUGUCCUAAUCAGCAUCUGGUCAACAUAAUGGAGAGAAUCAGAGAGUCCAAGUUGAACCCAGAGAAGGAGCUGAAGAGAAACCUCUGUGUGCACCAUGAAGAGAAACUCCUGCUCUUCUGUAAGGAGGAUAGGAAGGUCAUUUGUUGGCUUUGUGAGCGGUCUCAGGAGCACCAUGGUCACCACACAUUCCCCACGGAGGAAGUAGUCAAGGAAUGUCAGGAGAAGCUCCAGGCAGCUCUGGAGAGGCUGAGGAAGGAGCAGCAGAAAGCUGAGAAGUUGGAAGCUGACAUCAGAGAAGAGAGGACUUCCUGGAAGUACCAGAUACAGACUGAGAGACAAAGGAUAUGGACAGAAUUCGAUCAGCUUAGAAACAUCCUGGACAGUGAAGAGCAGAGAGAACUGCAAGAAUUGGAGGGAGAGGAGAAGAGGGUCCUGGAUAGCUUGGCUGAGGCUGAGGCUGAGCUGGCUCAGCAGAACCAGUUGGUGAAAGAGCUCAUCUCAGAUCUGGAACAUCGCCGUAAAUGGUCAACAGUGGACCUGCUGCAGGACAUGAGUGGAAUCAUGAAAUGGAGUGAGAUCUGGACACUGAAGAAGCCAAAAACUGUUUCGAAAAGACUGAAGAGUGUAUUCCAUGCUCCGGAUCUGAGCACAAUGCUGCGCACGUAUAGAGAGCUAACACAUGUCCAGUGCCACUGGGUGGACAUCACACUGAAUCCAAUCAACUUAAAUUUAAGCCUUGUCCUUUCAGAAGAUCAGAGAAAAGUGAUGUCUGUGCCAAUUUGGCCUGUUAAGUAUACUAAUUAUGGUAUCUUGGGCUCCCAAUAUUUCUCUUCAGGGAAACACUACUGGGAAAUAGAUGUGUCCAAGAAGACUGCCUGGAUUCUGGGGGUAUACUGUAGAACACGUUUCCGUAAUAUAAAGUUUGGCGUUAGACAAGGCACAGUUCAUCAAAAUGCUUACUCCAGAUACAGACCUCAAUGUGGCUACUGGGUUAUUGGGUUACAGAAUAAAUUUGAGUAUAAGGCCUUUGAGGAGACUUCUACAUCUCAUCCCAGGGUCUUGACUAUUUCCAUGGCUGUUCCUCCCCGUCGUGUUGGGGUUUUCCUAGACUAUGAUGCAGGCAUCGUCUCAUUUUUCAAUGUCACAAACCAUGGGUCACUCAUCUACAAAUUUUCUAAAUGUUGCUUUUCUCACACUGCUUAUCCAUACUUCAAUCCUUGGAACUGUCCAGGCCCCAUCAUCCUGUGCCCGCCCACCACGUUCCUGAACCUUCUUAGCCCUUAA